AUGGCCGUGCGACCUGAGCGUGUUGAAGAUUGGUUCCAUUUGGCCCCAGGUUUGCUUUCCCAGGAUGGAUGGGAGAUCAGCUUGGCAAGGCCUUUGUCUACCCUUUCGCAUUGCGUUAGCCCUUGGGGUGGCCACCUCAUCAAGUUUGCCUACCAGGACAUAACCAUCAACGAUGCCCCGGAGAAUACCGCAGGUGUGAUUGUCAGGCCGGAGGUGCGGGCGUGGAAGCACACUACAAAUCCAACCCCUGGCUCGAGCUUCGAAGUCUUGAAUCAGCUGGCUCCUGGCGAUGCAGUUGUAAAGCGCUGGGCCUCGUGGCGGCUGCUUCGGCUUUGCAGCGUUCUCUUCGGCGAUCUUGCUGGCCACUUCAUGAAUUAUUUCUUUUACGACCCAUCGAAGCAGACUGAACUACAUCAGAGGGUAAGACGAGACUACCCCGAGCGCGGGGACAGUGCGUGUGCAUUCUUUGAUCAGUCUGAGCCACUUGAGGGAAUUUUGGUUUGCCGGCCCCAAGAAGAUCCGGAGAAGUUUUUGGUGACUUGCAUACUCCGCGUUCCAGAAGACAAGUUUGCAAACUGGGCGAAGAUCCACUACAUGAUGCUGUUGGAGUCUGGUCGCCGGACAGCUCAGUGGUUCCUCAACCGUCCUGGGGUCUCAGAGAUGCGAUCCCUGGAUCAGCAAUUCUAUGUUGUCCUGGCCAUUCAGAGCUUCAAGCGAGGCAUGCCUCAGCUUCCGGUGCAGUCACCGAACCCCGGAGAUACCGUGACACGAAUUGAUGCUGGCCAGCGUAUGGGACUUACCACCUGGGUUCGGUACCACCCAGGCAUGGCUGGCAGCAACAAGUUCUAUCUGUCGGACUACAUCCAACUGUUUCUGGAGAACAUCGGCGAGACUGCUCAUACGUAUAACCUUCUGGACAGUCGCCAGCUUGUUCCGUACCAAUGCGUGGUGCCACGGGAAGAGUGGAAUCGCGUUCGCACACGCUUUUUUGAAGCUUUCACGCUUCAGAAGACAGCCUACCGCCGCGCCAAUGGGGGAUCCACGGCACCAGGUGUGCACGAAGGCGUAGAACCUCGCUUUCUGCCCGAUGCGGACCUUGCACUGCUCAGGGAACGCAUUAAGUUUGCCCAGCAGCAGCCCAAGAUCGUGGUGCGGAACACUUUUGUGGAGAUGGAUGAGGAGGACGAUGAAGAAGACGACGAAGAGUUCAAAGUUGAGCGCCGCAACACCAGACGUCCGAAGACAAUGUCACACCUGCGUGUAGAUUGCUCUGUUGUUGUUGCAUGA